AUGACAAGUACUGAAGGUACCGGCGGUGGUGAUGGCAAAGGAAUUAGUGGUUUUUCUGAUAUAGAGAGAAGAAGUAUUUUAGAUCCUCAUCUUUCGGUUCUGGAGCUAUUAAGGAGACCAAGCGAUACGCGUCCCCAUGAGGCGCUGAAGGGAGAGGUGUCAGAUAUUGUCGGUAAUUGUGCUGGCACUACUGGCACCGGUAAUGGCAGCAUCUCGCAAUCAUGGCAAACCAUUCAUAGAAAUGAUAGCUGUUUAUCUGUUGUUCCAGAAAGGUGUCCUUCUCAAGCUACGGCAGCGGGAAUUCUAUCAUCAAGUGAUACUUCUGAAGAUGAACCUGAUGCGGUGAAUUCACCCAGUGCAGUUCAUCAACAGUUACAUGCGACACCACCACAGAAACAUACAAAAUCUUUAGAAGAUUACCGUUCAUUGAACGUUGGCAUUCCGCUGGUUUUACCGGAAGACAGUAAUAAUAUUAAUAAUAAUAAUAAAAAUGGCAGUACUACAGGUAGUAACGGUGAAGAAGAUGAUAACGAUACUAUUACAAAAAGUCUUAAUUCAUCUUCAAAUUCAUUUAUUAUGCCAAAGCUCUCUUUGUCUCAAAAGACACAAAAGUUUCGCAUUCUGGUCCUGGGUAGGCCUGGAUUAAAAUUUUACCAUUCAAUCCCUAAAAAAUACCAACAUAUGUUUGAAUUGCCGCGUUCUCAUGAUCCUGCAGAAUUUAAGCAAUAUACCGGAAUUUUAGUGGUUUUCCAAGAGUUAAAAGAGAUGGUCUCCCUUCUAAACAGAGUCUGUCAAUGCAAUCCGAAUAGGCCCGUAAUACCAGUUUGUCAAUCAGGUCAGAGACAACAAGUAAGAAAUCUAUUAGAAUCGUUAUUGAAGAAUCGAUUAGUAUCAUUGCUGUACCCACCCGUUGUUGUCAAUAAUCAACCGGAUUUGUUGGGAAUGUUUCGUUUUUUACAAGAAUUAUCGAAAACUGUAUCUGAUAAUUCGGAUAUGGAUGCUGAAGAACCUAAUAAUGGUAGUAAAAGGUUGAAAAGAUCUUUACAAAGGAAGAAAAAGAAAUUUAUAGAGACGUCUGCUGAAAGAAAUGGAAGACCUCAUAAGAAGAGGCAUAACAAUGAAAAGGUUAACAGAUGGGUUCUUUGGGGGGUUUCGUUAACUUUGGGGGUUGGAGUUGGUUAUUGUAUUUCACAUCUAGUUUCCUCAACUUGGAUUUCAUUAACUACUAAUCCCCUAGGUCCCGUUGACCCUGAAUCAGUCAGUAAAGAUUUAUUUGUUUUUGACAGACAAGAGCUUAAACUAGGAGAAAUGGAUAUGGAUUCUGAUCACCCCUUUGGUCACGCACUUUUUUUAUUCAAACAGGCUUUGAAACAAUGGAAUUUGGCUGUGAAACAAUUUCUAGGUCGACAUUUAUCUUGUAUGGAAAGAAUCGGUCCGGCAAAUUGUCUGGAAUGGCCAACUUCUGAUGAACAUACAAACAGAGUAUUGGCAUUGGGGUAUGUGAUGCUAUAA